AUGCUGGAGGUGAUUUAUGAUGACCUAGACAAUGAAGAGCUAACCAAAGAUCCAGAUGAAGUCAAUUGUGACUAUGGAGAGGACAUGAGGAAAUGGGAUGGAAAAUUUACCUCGACGCUAGAGGCAUGGACUGAAUCUGGCUAUGGAUCAGAGUCAAGUUUACGACGUCAUGGCUCCAUGGUGUCUCUUGUUUCUGGAGCAAGUGGAUACUCUGCAACAUCCACUUCUUCAUUCAAGAAGGGCCAUAGCUUACAUGAGAAGCUUGCUGAAAUGGAAACCUUUAGAGACAUCUUGUGUAGACAAGUCGAUACUUUACAGAAAUAUUUUGAUGCCUGUGCAGAUGCAGUUUCUAAAGAUGAUCUCCAGAGAGAUAAAGUGGUGGAAGAUGAUGAAGAUGAUUUCCCUACAAUGGGUUCUGAUGGGGAUUUUUUACAUAACAGUAACAGCAGUAAGAAAAAAU